CUAAUCUCAGAUAUGCGCACGCAGAUUAUAUACAGGAAUCCAUUAAAUAUAUACACAUACACAACAUAUAUGUACAUUCCAGCUAUCUGUGGUUAUAAUAUGCUAAACUCACAACAUCUGACCAUGUCUUACAUCACCAUAAUUGCCAUUCCGCUGCCGGGAUAAUGGGCCAUAAUUGCCAGAGGGCUAAGUUUCUGGGAAAACGAAAAAAUGAAUAAACUCACGGUCCUGACGUCACGUGCCGGCAACUGUUGCAAAAAUCCCAAUGGACUGUGUUUCCAAUUCGCAUUCAAAUUCAAAUUCCAACUGCGACCCACCAUUAAAUGGUGGUCAACUCCUUCGCUUUGCCAAUCCAUGGUUGUAAACUUCUAAGAAUCAGGGAUUAGCGCUUCAAUUAACACCAGAUAAACCCUUUGUUUAUUUAACUAGAAGUUUUCAAUAAGAAGCUUACAACAUAAAUACUUAACUUAUAUGCAUGUCGCAUGCGCAUUUAAAAGAUAUUUCUUUGACUUGUCAAAUUUUGCAUAUAAAAAAUUGAGAGUGCUGCGCGUAUAUGUUGCAUCUAUUAAAGAGUAUUGCCCCCAUUCGUUGCUUUUGCCCGUUGCCAACUUUUCUUCGUUCUGCUGCUGUGUUGUUGUCGUGCCACAAGCUUAUCAUAAUUAAGCAAUUUAUAUAAUUUGUAAUUAUUUUUUUUUUAUUUUUAUCAUCCGCAUGACAACUCUGUGAAAAAAUGUACAUAAAUAUGUGCAGACGGCAGGAGGUGCCCGUUUUGGCGGAGGAGUCGAGGAAAAAUAAAGUCGAGAUAGAUCGCUUUUAGGAUGGGCCUGCUAAGAGAGAUGCAAAGCAUAGAGAUACGGAGCCGCUGAGAUACAAAGAUACAAAGCUACAAAGAUACUAAGAUACAAAGAUACUAAGAUACAAAGAUUCGGAUGCACAUACAAAACGCCAAAGACUUGAAACCGCCUUGUGAUUUAUAUAUUUACUUUUGUUUAUACUUUGUAUGUUUCUCUCUAUCCCCUUUUUUGUUUUUAUGUUGCUAUUUACACAUUUUUUUCUUUUGUUGUUUAACUAAAAACUUGCGCUAAGUUUACAAGAGGGUUUGUUUGUUUUGUUUUGUUUUUUGCUGGAAAUGUAACCUGCUGCCGCUGAUUUCUUGUGGCGAUUAUGGAUACACGAUAAUUGGAGGCAAUUACGAUCGGAUCUGGAGGUUCAAAGUCAGGGUCACAGAGCGCCGAGACUUUGCCAUCAAGUCAAUCGAGUGGUUGUGUGACCUUCGAAACUACAUAUUGUACACCCUGUUUUUUUUUUUUUUUUUUUUUUUGGCAAAUUCAAUCUUACUCGAGAUGGCAGGCCAAAAGGAGGAGAUCUUGUGCUGUGACUUUGAGGUGCGUGGCAGGGUGCCCAAGGAUGCUUUCGAGCUGUUUGCACUGGUCCAGGCCAAUGCACUGGGACUGCGGGGAUUCAUUGCCCAGGUGUCGGAGGAGAAGUUCAAGGGUCGUCUGGAGGGCGAGGGCAAGGUGAUCGAUGCCUUUAAGAAGCUCAUCCUGGCCGCCGCCGAUUACGUGCAGGCCAUCAAGGAGUUCAUUAUUAAGAAUCUGAAAGUCAUCCAGGAAUACACCUACAAGACCUUCGAAAUCAAGGUGAACCUAAAGUGAUUAAAGGAUCAAACAAAAUAAAAUAUUUCCAAUGCAUAAUUUUGUUUAAAACGGCUAUCAAAAGUUUUAUCCAUUAUGAUUUGUCUAAUAUUUUUGUUGUAUGGAUAUAACAAGGUAUUUUCCAAAUAAAAAUUACACAGUUAUAUAAUCACAAA